AAAAAUUGAAUAUAAUUUUCCAAAUUCUCAUGCCACAAAGAAAACCCUUUUCCCCUUGUUCUAGGGUUUCUUUUCUAAUCACUAUUUUCUAUAUCCAAAUUCAUCAUCUUCAUCUUCUUCUUCACCAACAAAAAUUAUCUAUCUUUAAUCAAAAUCACCUUCUAUAUUCAACUAACUAUCACCCAGAUUUCAUCUCAACCGUUCGAUUAUUCGAAGCUCAACAUCAUGCGAUUAAAGCCCAUGAAUUCAUAGGUACAAGAUUCUUUCAAUUAGGGUUUAAAUUUCACACCUUUUGUGAAUAAUAUUUCGUUAUUUUCAAGAUUUUAGAAAUGUGUGUGGAUUUGGGUAUCUGGGUGUUGAUAAAUUGAUUGCUUUGGAUGAAUUAGGGUUCAAGAUUUGGGGAAUUAGGGUUUUUGAUUUGUGGAUAUGAUUAAGCAGAUAUUGAAUAAGCUUCCUAGAAAGCAAUCUUCAAAAACCUCACAAAGUAAUGUGGGGAGGAAUGAUAUGGGUUCGAAUUCACCGAAUCCGAUGAAUUCAGGUGUUAAUAUUAACGGGUCUAAGGUCGAUUCAUCGGGUAAGAGUUCGAAUUUGGGUUCGAAUAAGUCGGUUAAUGGAAGUUACACCACAAGUGUUAAGUCAAGCCAGGGGAAGAAAUCGGGUCAACCCGGGUUGAAUCAGGUGGCUUACGAAGCGUUGCCUAGUUUUCGUGAUGUACCCGUGUCGGAAAAACACAAUCUUUUUAUAAAGAAGUUGAAUAUGUGUUGUGUAGUGUUUGAUUUUUGCGACCCGUCGAAGAAUUUGAAGGAAAAAGAUGUGAAAAGACAGACUUUACUUGAGCUUGUCGAUUACUUAGCGUCGGUUCCUUCGAAGUUUAACGAGGUUACAAUGCAAGAAAUCAUAAAAAUGAUAUCGUCGAAUAUUUUCAGAUCGUUACCUUCAUGUAUCCACGAUAACAAGCUUCCGGAUGUUUACGAUCCGGAGGAAGAUGAACCGAGUAUGGACCCCUCAUGGCCGCAUCUUCAAAUCGUGUACGAGUUUCUUCUACGGUUUGUUGCUGCGCCAGAAACCGACGCUAAGAUUGCAAAACGGUACAUCGAUCAUUCAUUUGUUUUAAAAUUGCUCGAUCUCUUCGAUUCGGAAGAUCAAAGGGAACGAGAGUAUUUGAAAACAAUUCUUCAUCGAAUUUACGGAAAAUUCAUGGUGCAUCGCCCGUUCAUCAGAAAGGCGAUCAAUAACAUCUUUUAUAAUUUCAUAUAUGAAACCGAGAAGCAUAACGGGAUCGCUGAGUUGCUUGAGAUAUUGGGCAGCAUAAUUAACGGUUUUGCGUUGCCUUUGAAAGAAGAGCAUAAGCUUUUUCUCAUGCGGGCUUUGGUUCCGCUUCAUAAGCCCAAAUGUUUGUCGAUGUAUCAUCAACAGUUAUCUUAUUGCAUCACGCAGUUUGUGGAAAAAGAUUUUAAGCUCGCUGACACCGUGAUUAGGGGUUUGUUGAAGUAUUGGCCUAUAACGAAUAGUGCGAAAGAGGUCAUGUUUCUUAGUGAGUUGGAGGAGGUUCUAGAAGCUACUCAGGCUGCGGAGUUUCAACGAUGCAUGGUGCCGUUGUUUCGUCAAAUUGGGCAUUGUCUUAAUAGUUCACAUUUUCAGGUAGCUGAACGGGCAUUAUUCUUAUGGAACAACGACCACAUAAGGAAUCUCAUAAUUCAAAACCGCAAGGUGAUCCUACCCAUAAUCUUUCCCGCGUUAGAGAAAAACACGCUCGGUCACUGGAAUCAAGCAGUUCAAAGCCUAACGCUAAACGUGAGGAAAGUAUUUGCCGACGCUGAUCAAUCAUUCUUUGACGAAUGCUUAACCAAAUACCAAGAAGAUGAGCUGAAAGAAAAGGAGAAUCACAAGAAACGUGAAUCGCUUUGGACUCGUUUGGAAAACGUAGCGGCUUCUAAAAGCAACGAACCUGAAAUGGUCUCGAAGUUUGCUUCUGUUGCCGUUAGUAGCUGAUAUGAUGCAGGGUUGACUUAAAGUUUGACUUGCGGGUUUGACUCGAAUGAAGUUGGGUUCGAUUAUUUGAUGGGGCCGGGUUCAUUUGGAGUUUAGGUGUUGUUUACUUUGGAGGAGAUAAUGAAAAGGGGGUGAAAGUUGGGGCUUGUUGUGGAUAUAAAUGUAUGUUUUACUACCCUUUUUGCAUCUCUUUUUGUUUUUGUUUUUUGGUUUGUAUUAUGAGCCUUGGGAUUUGUUUGUAGUAUAAAAACCAGUUCAUAAGAGGAAAUGUUUCUUGGGAUUUCUACACAUAAUGUUAUUGAUGCAGAAAUUUAAUGCUUUUUUUUC